AUGUUCCACCUGACGGACUUCAGUGACAAGGCAGCAACAGACACGUGGCAAGCGAAUGCUUCCCUGCACCAUGAUGUUCCGUCCGCGCAUUUCCACAUUCGGAAAUUCCUGUUUGAGCAUGCGGCUCGACUGUCCAUUCAGGAAGCACUGUUCGCGUAUCAGGAGGAAACGGGGAUUGGUACCGGGCCUGAAUACGAGUAUCCGAAGACGGCAAAAGAGGACCCCGAGACUCCGAUUGUGGACGCACCGGGCCCCGAGGAAGGGAAGGGAGGAGAGGACGCACCGGGGGAGGACGCUCCUGAGCUGACGGAGAAAGAAAUUGAAGAGGAAGAGUCCUUGGAGCAAGAGGCGGCCGGGGAAUGGACCGAGGACAUGGCACAGAACGUUCCGCAGCCAGGCGAUGUGCCCACUGGGAUACCCGAGGACACCGAGAGACUGCCUAGUGACCGAGGCUAG